AUUUUAUCUACAGUUAAAUCUUUCAAAGUGAGGCCUGCUGUAAGUUGUAUGAUUUCAGAACGAAAUGUGUUGGAUCACUUUUAAUUAGUUGUGAAUUACAUACAAACAUGAAAGUUACUUUUGAUUGUUCUGUGGAAUUAACCGAGGUCGGUUUUAUCCUCUUGAUAGGGAAAGUUAAAACAAUUAUUUAACUUGUAAUAAGUGACUUUCCUGAAUUCUUUCUGGGAUCAGCUAGUAUUUAUAUUUAUAUUUGGUUAUAAUCUCACUCAGUUAUGUUACUGAUAGCAUGGGUCAGCACCUUGCUGAGGACAGUAUUGCUGAUUGCUGCAGUAGCACACCUACCUUAUACCCAAGGUUAUUCAGAAGGGGCGCCAAAAGAGGUGUGUGAAGAUCUAAUUCCGCGGCACCUGAAGCCCCCUCAGACCACCCCCUGUCCUUACCGUAUAGAGCUGAGCACGUACUCCGCCAGCAGUAACCCCAUCAGGUACAGUCCUAUCGGGGGCAAUGAGCUCCUCAACGUCACCCUCACCGGGGUCCAGGGGUUCAAGGGGUUCGUCAUCCAGGCACGCAUGGACGACAAGAUAGUCGGCAGGUUCGAACCCGAUCCUGUCAACUAUCAGAUGAUCGAUUGCUGUGAAGGAGAAGAGAACACAGCCACCCACAUCAAUAAUGACAUCAAAUCGGAAGUGGUUCUGCAAUGGGUUCCGCCAACCAAAGUGACGGGACAAGUCUGGUUUUAUGCUGCUGUAGUGAAAACAUUCGACAUAUUCUGGAUCGAUAUCACAUCCGACCCUCUGCAGUUGACUAUGCCCGCAGGCAGAUGAUAUCACAGUCAGCCAUGUAUAUCAAAUUGUUUUUAAAAAAACUUUAAAUAAAAAAAUGUACUCACACUUA